AUGCAGUACAAAUCUCUUGCCGCUCUUCUCUUCGCUGCCACUGCCCUGGCUGCCCCUGCCACGGAUAGCAGCUCCGAUGAUUACUCCGACCUUUAUGAUACGAGCUCCAGUGAUGACUCUUUCGAUAUCGACGAUGUCCCCAACUCUAUCCUGACCGUCCUGGCAACCGCUAUUCCCGACUCAUGGUACAGCGAUAUCAUGGACGACUCUUCCCGAUCCUCCAUUAUCAGUGCCGCCGCGGCUGGCACCUACCCUGCUUGGUACAACUCUCUGCCCAACAGCGUCAAGGCCUGGGCCACCUCCAACUUUGACGAUGAGUUCAUCGGUGCCUCCUCCACCAUCGACAGCAGUGCCACCCAGACCGGGUCUGCCAGUAGCUCCGUGACCGAGACUGGGUCCAGCAGUGCUAGCGAAACCGGCUCGAGCUCUGCCUCCAGCUCUGCUGGUGUCACCUCCACCGCUAGCCAGACUUCCUCCGCCGCUAGCGAGACCUCCUCCAGCGAUGCGACCUCUUCAUCUUCCUCAGACUCUAGCUCCGACUCUGCUUCCAGCUCCGCCUCGGCUUCUGCCUCUCCCACUGAGUCUACUGGUGGUGCCCCUGCGGCUACCGGUGGUGUUGCCAUGGGUGUCGCUGGUGCCGCCGGUGUCUUGGCUCUGGCCCUCGCUCUGUAG